GGUGAGGCAGGCGAGAGCGGCCUUAGCAACGGUUUCUGAACUGUGAAGACAGCCGUUGGGCUGCGCUGCCGGCGGCUGAGAUCGGGAGGUCCCGGCUGAGGGCACCGGUUGGUGACAUGGCAUCCACAAGUUCAGACCAAUGGAAGAAAAGAGCAGCAAAACUUGAAUUGAAUGAAACCCAAAAGCAAGAAAUUAAAGAGGCCUUUGAUUUAUUUGAUGUUGAUGGGUCUGGAACCAUAGAUGUGAAAGAAUUGAAGAUUGCAAUGCAAGCCUUAGGAUUUGAACCAAAGAAAGAAGAAAUUAAAAAAAUGAUAGCUGAAAUCGACAAAGAAGGAAAUGGCACCAUUAGUUUCGAAGAUUUUUUUGCCAUAAUGAGUGUAAAAAUGAGUGAGAAAGAAGAAAUAUUGAAGGCUUUCAAAUUAUUUGAUGAUGAUGAUACUGGAAGCAUAACACUAAACAAUAUCAAGAGGGUUGCUAAGGAACUAGGGGAAAAUUUAACAGAUGAUGAACUUCAGGAAAUGCUUGAUGAAGCUGAUCGUGAUAGGGAUGGAGAAGUAAGUGAGGAAGAAUUUUUGAGGAUGAUGAAAAAGACCACUCUUUAUUAAUACUUUUUUUAAUCCCUCUGGAAAGUCAAUAACUUUGUAUUUGUUAUACAGUUCCAUAAUAUCUGAAUGUAUUUGUUGUCAAUUUCUAAUUUAUUUGCGCAAAUUGGUGUUUUGAUGUGUAAUCCAUGCAAGAAGUUAGGCUUCUAUCAACAUGUUGUUAAACAUCUACAGCAUCAAGAAAGAAAAUAUAAUGAUUUCUGUGAAUCGUGAAUCCAAAACCAGUAUUAAUUCCAACUGCUACUUUUUGGAGUCUCAGCAUCUAAAGACUUAGAAUUUUUCUUAGGUUUAAUGAAACUGAGCCCACAUCCAAUUGAAUUUGGCAAACAGGCUAUUACUUUCCCCAUUAUUUUCCUUUUGUGCAACUCUUUAAAAACUGAUAAACAUUUGAUUUGUAAUCAGUUAUUCAGAUAUGUAAAGUGUUAAAUAAAAUUGCCUAGUAAUACUUUA